CAGUAAAAUUUCACAACACGGUAGUAAAAGUAAAAUUUAAUAAUAAAAAAAUAUAUUUUUGAGUUAUUAGGUUGUAUUGAAAAUCUUUUUUGUAUAUUAAGUAAAUUAUUGUUGAAUUUAGAUAUGUCUUGGCUCAAAGACUUAGCUGGCCGAGCGGAACAAUACCUUGACAAAAUCGAUCAAAGUACUGCCGUUGUUCUACAAACUCAAAAAGAGAAACUUGAAAAAGACAUUUUCCAAGUACCGUCCGUCACAGAAAAUGUAUCAAUUGAAAUUGACAAUAAACCUGUUGCAUUAAUACCAAGUUCACCUGCCACCAAGUCUUUAAUGAAAAAACCUAAGCAAGAUGCUCGGGUGUCAGAUGAACAUCUUCUGCAGUAUUUGAAUGGCCAAGAAACAACUAUUAAAUCACAAUAUGAAGGAUACAGCAUUGGAGUUUCAUCUAAUGACUCAAUAUCUGUAUCACUGACAGAAGAAAAUCUGAUGCUUAAAAAUGAAAUUAAAACAUUAAAUAAUGAAAUGUCUUUACUUCAAUACAAAUUAAAGACAGCCGAUAAAGAUAUAAGCCAAAUUACAACAGCAUUGGAAAUAAAUAAAAGACACUCAGUUAAUUUAGAAAAAGAAUUAGAAGAGGCUCAAAUUCAGUUAAAAAACAUUCAAGAUGUCAUGUUUAACCUGAAAACAAAAUCUGCUAAUUCUCGAGAACAAACUAUUGAUGAAGGUCAUAUUAAUUUUAACAAUAAUUUAGUUGAAGAAAAUGAACUGUUAAAACAAGAAGUUUCUAAAUUGAUAAAAAUAAUUGAAGUUGAUGAACAUAAGAAAGAUGCACUUGCUGCCGAAAAAUUAAACUUAGAAAUUGCACUAAAUAAUAUUCAAUUUCAAAAUAAAAGUUCUGUACAGUGCGAAAAGCUGUUAAACUUGUUUAUUAAUGAAUGUGAUGCAAUAGUUAUAAACUCCAAAUCUGAUCUAGGCAAUGUGUCACAAAAAAUAAAAGAAUCUUUGGAUGAAUUGGAAAUGAUUUAUGUCCAAACAACUAAUCAAGAUGGUACUGCAAAUGAUUUAGAGUUGAAACGUACCAGUACGUUGGCCAAAUUAAACUCUAUGAAAAGCAGUUUACUUUCUAUCGACUGUGGAGUGCAAAAAUCAUUUCACGAUAUUGUCAACUUCAAAGAACGGUUAACCAAUCUUAAAGUUGAAUCUGCAAUUGAAAACACUUCUUAUAACAGCUGUGCUAACCAAAAAGACUAUAACAAUGAACAAAUGAUGUCACUCCAAAAUGCUUUGACUUGUAAACAAUCUGAAAUAGAUCAAGUGUUGGCCGAAAAAAAAGCUAUGGCUAUACAAAUUGAGAGUUUAGAGGCAAGGCUGAAAAAGGAAACGAGUUUACUCAUUAACGUUAACGACACUGAUGAUGCUAAAGCAAAAGUGCCCAAGUUCAUGUUGGAAAAUGCAUUUAAUACAGGCGUAGCAAGAAGAGUAAAACGUGCCUUCUCUAGUAUAGAUUCUAUUGGCCUAAGAACAGGGAUGUAUCUUCGUCGAUAUCCUCUGCUAAGAACUCUUUUAUUUGUAUAUGUGGUAAUUCUCCAUUUUUGGGUUAUGCUGAUACUAUUUUCAUACACUCCAGAGACGAACUAAAACUAACCAGGUUAAAUUGUUCAUUUGAUAAUUUGAGUAAUCAACACUCAUUUAAGACUAUUGUAUCAACAAUAAACAUGUUAUCGAUAUUAUAAUUAUACAAAUACGCUUUAUAUUUUUGUACAAACACAUUUAUUUAGAAUUAAAUCGAGGAACAGUGUGAUUUUUUU